GCGCAGGCGCCGGGCGGGUCAGUUUGCGCCCGGAUGGAGCGGGAGCGGUUGGUUCGGAAGGUGACGGCGCUGCAGGCCUGCAUCCGGGGCUUCUUGGUCCGACGCCAGUUCCAGAGUCUUCGAGGUGAAUAUGAAGCUAUUGUACGAGAGAUCGAGGGUGAUCUGGGCACGCUUCAGUGGACUGAGGGCUGGAUUCCCAGGCCCCGAUUUCUCCCAAAGAAGGCAAAAUCCUGUCAGACCUGGAAAGCCACUGGAGAGAGGGCACCAAAUCCAGAGCAGGAACUAUGGAGCCGCUUCGCAUGUAAAGAGACUGAGAAAGAGACCAUCCGGGAGGAUAUGAUACUGAAGAAGUCAGGAGACAGCUUCACAAACGCCAGCAGUCUUCCCUGCAGAGAUGCCAGUGCCUGGCUUCAGGAUGAGCAGAGCAGGAGGACCGGGAAACCGAGCCAAGAGACCAGAGACGUGUCAAGGAUGAACAACCCAGAAGCUGCAGGUCCAGGACUGUCCCACAGCCAGACUGAGCUCCAGGAGCUCCAGAACCACCGCAGCCACUUGGCCAUGGAGCUGCUGUGGCUACAACAGGCCAUCGGUAGCCGUAAGGAGUACCUAGUUCUCAAACAAACACUGAGAUCCCCAGAAGUGAACCAGAACAGACAUGAGCGCAGCUUAUGCCAAGAUCAUGGGGGACAGAGCUGUGAAAAAGCUGGAUCACAACCAGGCCCACCACUGGAAGACCAGCCCUACAGAGGCAGGACCCCUGGAGAGCCAGGCCAUGUGGAUGCCUCCUGCUGGAGGCUCGGAUCACAACCCCACAAAUUCCCAGAAGGACUGGCCACUCCAGAUAAAACAACUGCUGGGGCCAAGUACAGGCACCCAUCCUACAGAUGGCCUGGUCCACAGCUGCCCACACCAUCGGAAUACCAGGCCACAGGGAAGAGGCUCACCAAAGAGCUGGACUGUGGAGAAGAGAUCUCUGGAGAGACCUGCCUGCAGCUGACAACACUUCUAGAGGAUGAAAGCCACAAAGAGCUCAAAUCUAAGGGCUCCUGUCCUGGAAAGGCCAGGACACAGCUGCCCACACUCCACAAGGACCCAAACAAUGAAGACAACUCUCCCAGGGGGCCAUGCCAAAAAGAGCUUGAUUGGCAAAGAGCUGUGCCACAAGAGUUGGGCGUCUCAGAGGACUAUGUCACCUGGGAUGGGUCUUUGGCAGAGCAUGGUGGCCUGGAUCUCUGGAAGAAUAAACCACCCAAGGGCCAGACCCCCAGUGAUAAAAGCUCCAUAGAGAGAACCUCCAGUGAAUCUAGCCAUGAAGGAUGGCAAAACCAGAGGACUGUACCAUGUAGGUCAAGGCCACCUGAGAAACUGUCCACAGGGUCAGACCACACAGGAGAGGAUCACUGGAGGGGCAGACAGUGGCAAACAGGACCAGCAGGCUAGACCCUGGGGAACCAGGGAGGACCAGGUUCCAAAGGGCGAUGCUGUGAAAGGGCAGUGAGGGAGACAGGACCUCAUCCUAGCUCCCUGGUUCCAGUAGUGCCUCCUGCCCCUGCCCCUGGGUAUUGGUGGCUAGUGAGGCCAAAAGAAGCUGGAGCACAGAGCUGGAACCAGUAGAGGGAGAAGGCAGGAGGCUACUUUCAUCCUCUGCCUGUGGCUCAGCCCACAUUUGGGGAUAGGGAGCAAUCUGGGGCAAGUCAAGCUGGAGAAUAAAGGUUGAGAAUAAAUAAAGAUGGAGAAUAAAGGUUUUCGUUAGAUUCUGA